CUUGGAAUAAAAGUUCUGAUUGAAUUAUAUUCUCUCUUCUACUCGCCAUGGUUUUCCCUGGCUCCCCAGCGGUUUUGUACUGCAAAGAAACACGAUAAUUGAGCCGGUGAAUUUCCACGACCGUUUUGUGGUACAAGAAACUUUCAGUGCUGUGGGAAAUCGUAUACUCUUUUUUCAAAUUAUCAUACGAUGUGCUAGAUGUUUACUUCUGUAGUUUUUCUGUGCUAAAUUUGAAGUUGCAGAAAUUUUGUCGCGCUUGCAGUACCGCAAUUCACGUGGACGAUUUUAUGGAAAUUUCAUUGAAGAUGUCAAAAAACUGGAUUGUACAAAUCGUUUUAGUUGCAAACAUUUUAUUCUGUAGUGGUCUUAGAUCAGCUGCCAGGGAAAAGAAAGCGAAAUGUCCAACGUGUACUGACAUUGUAGACGCUUUUAAAAAGGGUAAAGAUAAAACAGAGAAAGCUAACUUUGGUGGGGGAAACACAGACUGGGAGGAAAGAAAACUAGGAAGUUAUGCAAAUAGUGAAACAAGAUUAGUUGAAAUUAUGGAAGGGCUUUGUGAUGAAAGUGCUUCUGAGUGCCAUGCAAUGGUUGAAGAACAAGAAGAAACGUUAGAGGAAUGGUGGUUUGAUCAGUAAGUACCAUAAUUAUUAGUAUUUUUAUAAGCCCCAGG